AUGUUCGACAUCUUGUUCGGGUGGCGAAAGGCUUCAAAAUGCAAGAGGCUGAUCAAACAGGUCCAGUGCCGGCUCAAGUUGCUGAAGAACAAGAGGCAGACAAUUGUGAGGCAAUUGCGCGAAGACGUGGCGGAGCUGAUCAAACAUGGCCACGAAGACAAAGCCUUCAACAGGGUUGGGCAGAUAAUCAAAGAUGAAUGCAUAGUGGCAGUGUAUGAAUUGUUGGACAAUUUCUGUGAAUUCAUCCUCAUCCAUCUUCCUUACAUCCGCAGACACAAGGACUGUCCAAAUGACAUAAACGAAGCAGUUUCGAGUCUUAUAUAUGCUUCUGCAAGAUGUGGGGAUCUCCCUGAGCUUAGGGUGAUCAGGAAGCUCUUUGGUGAACGAUAUGGGCAGAAAUUUGCAGUGACUGCUCUUGAACUAUUCCCUGGGAAUCUUGUGAACCAUCAGGUGAUUGAGAAACUCUCCCUAAAGUCAGUGACAGAUGAUAUGAAGCAAAGAUUGGUCAAUGAAAUAGCCAGGAAUUACUGCAUCAAACCAGAGGUUUUAGCAAUUGAGUACUAUUCUGAAUGGCAACAAAAGGUGAAAGAAAUUAGCGGACAUAGAGUACUUGAUACAGAUGUUCAGACAUAUAAUGAAAGAACUGAAAGAUCUGAAUUGCAAAUUGUAAAUGUGGAGGAGAUAGAACGAGAAGUCGUAGAUGUUGAUUCUAAUGUAUCUAGUACUUCUGCUGGUUCUUCAUUAGCUAUGCAAGUUGGCCCAACUAUAUCAGAGUCUUUAAUGCAUGAUAAGCCACAGAUUGAAGAGAAUUGUGCUGAAGUUGAUUCUCCAAGUAUGUCUACUGUGGGCACUGAAGAAAGUCAGAGCAGUACUGUUGGCAGCACGACAAGAGACGGAGAUAUAGUGAUUUACAUGGAUGACAUAGAAGAAGUUCAAUCAUUUACAGCAAGAAGAGAUGGAGACUCCCAGGACCAAAGAAUUUUCAAGUUCAAAGCUAUCGAACCCAAGAGGGAGAAUCUUGAAAGCAGUUGUGAUCUUAGUUAUGUGGAUUGUUAUGAAACAUGGAGUGAGAGUUCAGAGUCAAAAAGCUCCAGGAGAAGUUGGAAGGGAAGUGGGAAAAGGCCGCGGAAGAGAUCAGUGUGUCAGGAAAACCAAUGCUUGAAAGAUAAUGAAUGUUUAAGUUACUAUGGCAGAAAGCAGCAGAAGAAAACUCUGGUGGGGGAAAUUGAAAGUUCAUAUUCUGCAAAGAAGUGUCUGAAGCAACCUUGUCACAUGAAAAUGGGAGCUAACAUUUUGUCAUGCAAGUGUGGGUGUGAUGGAAAGAGACUAAGCUGUGGCUGCAGCCUUGAACAUCCAUGUUACUUUUGCACUGGCAAUGGCAACAAUGUUGCUUGUGAUGUUCUGCCAUGGAAGCAAAAGAGAGGAAUUACAACUAGGGUGGGAGUUUCAACUCAUGGCCGUGAAGUACAAUUGAACAAGGGAAUGGAAUGGCCUGAUGUGCCCCAGGAACCAAUGAGGAGGAGGAGCUGUGGCAAUGAAGCUAUGGUGUACAAUGUUUUCACAUAUCCAGACCACCACCAACCAAAUAUGCGAAACAAAGCGCUCAGAGAAACCGUGGAGGAAUUGGAAUCAAGUAUUCAAUGCAGGCGUGCCUCGUAUAGUUCCACCUCUCCAAAUGUGGUUAGUUCUUGGAGCGCAAGAAAAGAAAUGGUGCCUCCUUAUAUCAGAGCCGUGACUAUGCCACCGGAAAGAGCAAAGGACAAUCACAAAGAUGACUUCCAACGAUCCUUUUCGGAUGCCUUCCAAUAUCCCACUCAUGUUCACCCCAAAUUGCCCGACUAUGAUGAUAUAGCAGCUAAAUUCAUGGCACUCAAGAAAGAGAGACUGCAAAGUAAGCCUCGUUGCAGCAACCGGCAACUUUAG